AAUGAAUAUGAUUUACGAGUAGCUGAUAAGAUUUUAGCUGUUUUAAGCUAGCGAUACAAGACAAUGUAAAGCAUCCGCUAGCUAGCUGACGUUAGCUAAUAUGAGUCGGAAAAUCGGUAAUUCAUUUUUAUCUCAGGAUGUAGCUUUCAAAUGCUACGAAUACGGAGCAACUGUGUUGGGAGAAUCGAGACCUUAGAUCUUCUGAACCUUCUUGUUCUUCAAAUCCACUCACCAUCGAGGAGCGAAGAGCGAGUACAGAUUGCAAACAAUGACCAGGAUGGUGAAUAGUUACAAGCGGACCUCAAGCCCCAGAUCCCCUACUAAUAGUGGGGAGAUCUUCACCCCAGCACAUGAAGAAAAUGUGCGCUUUAUACAUGAUAGUUGGCAAUGUGUGCUCAGAGACAUCAGAUCAACACAAAAUAGUGAACGCAAUGAUCGUGGACCACAGGAGUAUGUGGAAAAGAACCCAAACCCGAACCUGCAUUCUUUCACACCAGUGGACCUGAGUGACCUCAAAAAGCGCAACACACAGGACUCCAAGAAGUCUUAGUGUUUGUCAUGCCGGUCCAGUCGCUUUUUUCCACUCAUGAUCCUAAAGAACUUUUCCUCCGUCAGCCCUCUGUCAGCCGGAAAAGUCAGCCCUGUUGGCCAGUUUAAUACAGAACGACAAUCUCAUUUCUAAACUGUGGAUCAUAGCAACCCAUCUUUUUUAAUUCUUUACAACUCACUUAUAAGGAAGGAAUUGGGAUUAUAGGGAGCACAACUUUACCUUAGUUGGUUCAUGUGUUUUUUAAAUCACAGAAGCUUCAUGUGUACAUUUUUUUAUGUGAAAGGGACUGAUUCAAAUGAAAAAAAAUGCUGACAACUGAUGCUGAGGUAUAAACUCUUGACAGUCUCCGCAGGACACAAAAGACUGCAGUCUUAAAUACAAACCUUGUUUUCUUUACUACUGCUACUUUUAUGAUUUUGGAGGAAAAUGCGAAAGGGCUGACUUUUUUUUAGUUUGUUUUGGAAGAUAGUCUGAUUGAUAAAUUGUAGAAAUAAUGGAAAGGUUGCAUUGGAGCCAUACUUGAUGGAAAGAUUUUGGAAGCCAAAUGCAAUGUAGAUGGCCAACAUUUUUAUUAUGAAUUUCCGUGCCCUCAACAGGACUUUACUAAAUAUAGGUCUCCCCAAGUAAACUGUCCUUAGUUAAAACCCCUCCCCAAGCCUUGAAACAAAGUAUUGAAUAAAAGACUUUUACAGUA